GCUUAGUGUACAUGUCCUCCGUAUAAUCCCGUGUACAUCAUACCAGUUCUCUUUGUGUUUUACUUUUAUUGGAAAAGCACUUGAAAGGGCUUACUUUUAAAGUACUGAUUUAUAGUAAUAUGAGUAAUGUACCCAACCAAAAUGGAUCAGGUCUAGAGCAGCGAUUUGCUGGUCUGGACUUGGAGGGUGGCCGUAAAGAAACCGGCCCCUACAUUCCUCCCCAUCUCCGAAACAAACAGGCUGGAGAAUCUCGUGGAGAACAACCACCCUCAUCUAACUUCUCUUCAUUCAACGACAGUCGUGACUAUCCAAGCAGAGGAGGUAGCGGUGGUGGAUUUCGUAGUGGUGGUGGUGGUAGUGCUGGAGGUGGAAGUGGAGGUGGAGGCGGAGGUGGCAGUGGCAGGAGUGAUAACUUCAGAGGAGGGAGUAGGAGAAAUGGUGAUUAUGACUCACAGAAUGGAGACCGAUCUUGGGGUGAUAGAGGAGGCUCUUCAUUCCGAAGCAGCAGAGAAAGAGAUAGGGAACGUGAUCGUGAUGAUUGGGGCAGUAGAAGAGGUGGAAAUACUCCCACUUCAGGUAACACAGGCAAUGAUAGAUGGCAAGAGAAGCCCCAAGGUUCCUCAGCUGGCUGGACCACACUUCUCCCCAGGGACGAGAGACUUGAAUUUGAGCUAUUUGGCAAUGCCAAUACUGGUAUUAACUUUAAUAAGUAUGAGGAUAUUCCUGUCGAAGCUACUGGUGUCCAAGUACCACCCCAAAUUCAAACGUUCGACGAUUUGCAGAUGAAUGAAAUAAUAUCGAAUAAUAUUCGUUUAGCACGCUAUGAUAAACCAACCCCAGUGCAGAAAAAUGCUAUACCUAUCAUCAUGUCCAAAAGGGACUUGAUGGCUUGUGCCCAGACGGGAAGUGGCAAAACAGCUGCUUUCCUCAUUCCUAUUCUUAAUCAAAUUCUUGAAAGGGGACCCCAAAAUCCAAAGUUCCCAGGAAAACGUAAGCAGUUCCCAAUGGGUCUUGUCCUAGCACCUACAAGGGAAUUAGCUACACAGAUUUAUGAUGAAUCUCGCAAAUUUGCGUAUAGAUCUCGCCUUCGGCCAUGUGUUGUGUAUGGAGGUGCUCAUGUUGCUGAACAAAUGAGAGAUCUUGAGCGUGGGUGUCAUUUAUUAGUUGCUACACCUGGACGUUUAGUCGACAUGCUUGCCAGAGGAAGAAUAGGCUUGGAAAAUUGCAGGUACUUAGUGCUUGAUGAAGCUGACAGAAUGUUGGAUAUGGGUUUUGAACCCCAAAUCAGAAGAAUCGUUGAAAAGAAUUCUAUGCCUCCAACUGGGGAAAGGCAAACUUUGAUGUUUUCAGCUACUUUUCCUAAAGAAAUUCAGAUACUGGCAUUAGAUUUCUUGAAUGACUACAUAUUUUUGGCCAUUGGCCGUGUUGGAUCUACCUCAGAAAAUAUUACCCAACAAAUCAUCUGGGUGGAAGAGCAUGAUAAAAGAGGGUUUUUAUUGGACCUUCUUAACGCUUCGAAAAAUGCUGAAGAAGGUUCAUUAACAUUGGUAUUUGUUGAAACCAAGAAAGGUGCAGACUCACUUGAAGAUUUUCUCUACGGUGUUGGGUACCCUGUGACUUCCAUUCAUGGAGAUAGGACACAAAAGGAAAGAGAAGAAGCUCUGAGAAACUUUCGAACAGGCCAAACACCUGUUCUUGUAGCGACUGCUGUAGCUGCAAGGGGUUUGGACAUUCCCCACGUGAAACAUGUCAUCAAUUUUGAUUUACCGAAUGAUGUUGAAGAAUAUGUUCAUAGAAUUGGUCGUACAGGCCGUAUGGGCAAUUUAGGUUUGGCAACAUCUUUCUUCAAUGAUAAGAAUAGGAAUUUAGUUAGGGAUCUGUUUGAUCUUAUACAAGAAACGAAGCAAACAAUGCCUUCAUGGAUGCAGAGAAUGGCUGCGGAAACUAAGCAGCCUCUUUCAUCUCGCCGAGGCGGCAAAGGAUUCUCCAGUGGAUUUGGAGCACGGGACUACCGUCAACAGGGAGGAAGCAGUGGUGGCGGCGGAGGUGGUGGACCUUCAAGAAAUCCUUCGAGGUCUGGGGGAGGAUCGUCUGGAUAUGGUGGAUACUCAAGUUCUAACAGUUACUACGGAGGGGGUAGCGGCAACGCAGGCUAUGGUGGUUCUUAUUCAUCCAACCAGAACAACAGCUCCUCCGACCCCGAUUGGUGGGGGCAAUAAUUCUCUCACCGUAUUCCCUGCCUCUCUCAGCCAAUCGAUCUCGCCCCCGCUCUUCUUCAGCCUAGCCACAAACUACAACUAUGCACAUAUGGGCGUAUACACAACUGGUUAUAUAAUGUUGUAUGUACUUAUAUAGAUGUGUAAAUAUUAUAUAUGAUCCCAUACAACUCAAUGUUUAUACGCCUAAAGAAUAUUAAAAAUUCAGUAUGUGUAUUUUUAAUAAGUUAGGGGCAUUAACACUGUGAUUUUAUUCUUACUGAAUAUAUUUAAUAAAGUCAUUAUGUGAUUGUAUAUAUACAUAUUGGUAGGCCUUUUAUAGGAUCAUUAUGAAGGCUGACAACGAUCGGAUUGCUUUGGGGAGGACAUAACCAAAGAUUCUCCAGUUAAGGACCCCUUAAAAGAUUUGGUCUUUAGCACAGCUUUAAGGCUAUCCGAUGCAUAUACCCGUUUAUUUAUAUGUAUAUAUAUCACAGAAAUAUGUGCCACAACUAGAAAUGGCACUCCAGUCUUCAGUUUAAGAAAGUAAAUUGAGAAAAAAAUGUUGAGUUAAAUGUAAUUUUUUUAAGGGACGACAAAUAAUUUUUGUAUAUAUAAAUGACAACUAUCAUAAGUUAGUGCCCAUGAUCUAACUUGGGAAAAAGUUAAAUGAUUAAUUGUGUACAAAUAUUUUCCUUUUGAGUAAAUGAAGAGCUAAUAAAUGCAUCUAACAUUCAGAAUUAUUUAUUAUUAGUUUCGCUCAAGGAGUGCUUGUAAUGGAGGGAUUGAACAUCAGAGACUCAAUCUCUAGUUUAAACUGAAUUGAUUAUUCUUUUUCUUUAUUUUAUUAUUAUUAUUUUUUUUUGUUCUAGUUUUAUUUUUGUAUAUAAAUAAAAUUCGAACUGAAACUACUUACAAUGUAUUAGCUGUUAAAAUGAUCUGCUAAUAUUUUAUCAUUAUUAGGAUAUAUAUAAUAAAUAUAUAUAUUGCAAGUGCCUUAUCUGGGGUAGAAGUAUUGAUUUUAGGCUCCAAUAAGACAGUUUGCAACAAUUUAAAAAAAAAAAAAAAAA